UGAUGGCUUCUCGUUACAGCCGCACUUCCACGAUCACUGCGUGUUAACAUCACCGAGGCGGAGCGGGGCAGCAGCCCGGGAGCCAGUUCGCCGCGAGUCAAUUCACUCCCCUGUUAUUUCUAAUGACCACCAGCACGAAGCAGGAACCUGGCACUUGUUAAACCGGCAGCAGGCAUUUCUAUUUAAAGGCCAUAUGUUUGAUCAGACUGAGCCUCUGGGAUAAAAAUACCUGAGUGGUGUAGAGUUAGAGCCCUAAUCAGCCCAGCCUGGUUCUGGCCGCUGCACGGAAGAAGCCAGAUGAUUUCUAUUGAAUUCAACUUUUAAUUGUUGAUGGGGUUGGACAAGAAGCGUGAGUGUGGGACUUUCAUUAGAGGCCUCCUGUUAACUUUUGCACAGGGCUGCAAAUCAGACCUGACUCCGACUCGACCCCAUUUACUUUGUUGGUUUAAGAAUCUAAAUUUGUGUCUGAGGUCGCAGCCACGCGGCCUUUUUUCUCCCACCGCCUGCGUGUUUAUUUCAUUUUCUGUCUCCUCUUUCGCCGUCUCUUCCCGUAGUUGCCAUUUUUAAUGGAAUUCGACGCUCCCUAUGCUAUUGCUCCCUAUGAAACGUUGGAUUUAUCGCCAGUUUAACAAGCAGGUCCAUUCUCUUUGCACUGCACCGCUCCACUGUAGCUCAGUGUCAAGGGUUGAAGUGGAAGACCAUUCGAGCUGCACACGUUAAUCACAGCGAUAUUAAAAUCAAUUGAUGAAUGAUGCCAAUUACGCUGCUACGGCGGCGCUCGGUGCCACAUUAAGCGUGAAGCAUGACAGACCUCAUGUUAGUGCAGCAGGAGCCCGUGGCUGGAAGAAUCAAUAGGGACGCCGCUGUGGAAUCUAACAAAUGAUAAUAAAAAGCCCCAGUACCCAAAUUAAAUUUCACCCCCGCAGACACUUCACGUCAUUUUUCACGAGCGGAGCGGUUUCACUCGUGGCGGACAGAAAUGCGUGGACAUAAAUAAAGUCACAUAGAUUUAAUGUUGCUAAUAGCGGCUCCGCUUUCCCUUGAACCCAGCCCUCCCCGAGGCGCACGCAUGCCAACUCAUAUUCAUAUUUGCACUCUCCAGAGUAGUGGGACGCUGCUCGCCCUGCUGUUGUUGAUUUAGUGCAUAAUCACGGCGAGAGAAGCGGCGUUUUGUACCACCACAACCCCCCAGGAGCCACAACCUCCAAGCAGAGAAAUGUUUUUUUGUUUUUUUUUUAAUUAGAGAUUGAAUUUCACAUGCUAGGGGGGUGGAGGUGGCUCAGAUAUGAGUCUCUUUGUGUGCCGCUGGGCCGGUGGAGCAGCAGCACAGCGAGGAGGCUUCGGAGGAAUUCGAAGCCCAUCGCCCCAUCCUCCCCGUGACCCGUCAGAGACGUGCCGUGGACCGGGUCCAGCGGCCGCGGCCUUUGGAGGAGCGGGCGGGGAAGCGACGGUGCAGAGCUGUCGCCUGGACGUAUCACUAUCGAGAAACAAUGUCAAGAGCCUCAUUAGGAGCGCUACCAAAAUAGCUUGGCAUUUAAUGCUCCGCUGUCUGGGCUGAAGAUGUGCUGAUAGAUGAUGAUGAUGAUGAUGAUGAUGAUGAUGAUGAGUUUGCUCUCAGAGGCGUCGGAUUCCUGUUUGUCUUUCUACGAAUUCCAAACACGGCGGCUACGCCUUCAUUCGUCGCAUCGCUCAAGACCUCAAAUAAUAUCUCAUUUCAGAAAUAGGACAAUGUUGGAGGAGUGGGUCAGCCUCGCUGCAUGCGCAUCUCAGCCAGAUCUUCAGCUCACAGGAUUAUUCACAACACGUCUUCCGUAGGACGUGUCCAGAUAUUCGCUGGUGGUCGGAAAACGUGAAAACCCCCAAAUUCUGAGUUCUCUCCCAGACGUGCGUUGUUGUGUUUUAACUGUGAAUGGAUCGACGGUUGUGUGACUGAAGCCAAUUAGCCCGUUCGUUCGUCAUGACCUGCUGUUGAUGCCUUUGUGUCGGACUAACACCCUGCUGAGGAUAAAGGCCCGGCUUAAGCCAAGCGAGGCUAUAGAAGGCACAAGGCCGCGUGGUCAUAUGCGUCUGCUCUACAUCCUAAAUCUUUCCGUUUCUGCAUUCGGAGGUUCGUUUGGAGGUCGUCGGGGUCACGUGGCCCCGGUUCCGGCUCCCAGAACCGGGCCCCGGGAAGCCGGAGCUCCCGAUGCUGCUUGUGUGUGAGAUGGCAUUGCGGACGGGGAAAAUUAAAAGCGAUGAAAGGAUAGGGAGCGAACCGUGGGUAUAAAGGCCACAUUCUCCGUGUUCCGCGGCUGACCUUGGGCCGGGGCCAGCCGGCCAGAUUAGCACAUCACCGCUGUAAUUACUCACCUGGAGCAGCAGAGCCCCUUGUCCUUUCUUCAACCUGAUCUCCGCUUCACAGGAAGGCCUUUGUUGGUGCUAAACUGCUGGGCCCUGUUUGCUGUACCUGCGGCACCAGCAGCGCUCCAACCUGGCAACAGCUGAGCCUCUGCUUGCACCAAUGCAGUUUACAGACUCCACUUCAGGAAACCGGAGGACAAAGCCAUCUCAGUGGCGCAUGUGUGUUCGUCUGAGGAGCCUUUAUCUUUGCUCAGUGCCUCUGACCUUAAACGGAGGCUGCUUUUAUGCUCCUAAAUUAGUUCUCCCAUUUUAUCCGCGUUUGAAGGCGGAAGAAAAAUGAUUAAAUGGAAUCAAAAGGAAUGAAUUAGACUGAACUCACAUUUUUCCCCAUUGAUUAUAAAGAUGAUAUCUGGAAAACACACAAAGGGUUAUUUUAAAGCUCUAUUAGGCUGAUAGAGUGGACGUUACAUCCAAAUUAGCGAGGAGCCCUGUGGUGUUUUCUCAGCUUUGAGAGGAUGACGCGGCGGCGCAGUCCGUCUGUGAAAACACAUCCAUUAGACUGGAUCUUUUUUCCUUUCGAGCAGGACGCGGGGAGAGUUUGAGAAGCCCCGGCCCAACGGUACCACCGGGGAGCAGCGGGGGGUCCGACGUGAUGAAGAGUCAGGGAGAGGCAGCCCCCGCUGGGCCCGUCAGCCCGUGCGGUCGGCGUCGGCGCCGGCCUCAGAUCCUCUCUCGGCGCGCUGGGCCCUAAUUGGGCUGUCACACACGCCGGGGAAAAUUUGCAGGUCGCCGCAAAGUGAAUUAGUGGCCAAAUUGUCCCCGCGUUGCGUCUGAAAUCACCAGGUUCCUGCUGCGAUUAUCAUGGCAUCGCAACCCCGGGCUUCUCAACGAGCAAACCCCUCCUUCGCUCACUGUUGGGAAUCUGCCAUUAAAGGUUAAGCAGAGAUAUGUUUUCAUAAUAGCAUUGUGCUCCGUAAUUGCAUCUCCUGGGAUUUCGCGUGAGAAAUGUGCCGCUGUAACCACGCUGCGUUUAUUCAUACGCGCUCGCAGCGAGGGCUCAGUUUCAUGUUCUUACCCUCUGCCUUACAUGGCGUUCUAUUAAUUUCCAGUGGCAAGCAGGAUGAGCACCUAAGUCUAUCCCCUUAUCGGCCGCCUCCCUGGAUCUGGCGAGCGCACGCCGGCUCUAAUGUUCUCCAUCUGUCAGUAAAGCUGCCGGGUCGGGCUCGUACUCAGGAACUAUCACAUGCGGCGAAUGAGGCGCGCCUGGUCGGCCGCCACGCCGCGUCGGCCCUCAUCGCCUCCGCUCGGCGGCGGCGGCGGCCCGUGCAGAUGUCUUUCCCAGGUUGCUCCGGGGCACGGAUGACUCAGCCCCCCCCCACUACCCCCGUUCAGCCCUCUCCUCAGUCAACCGCGGCGGCUUAAGCACGGUCAGAGGCCGGAACGCGGGCCGGAUCAUUUCACAGCGCGCCGCUUCCCAAUUUGUCGGGCCUCGGCGGCCUCGCUUCCCUCCGGCAGCGGACGGGACGGUUUCAUAAUAACCCGCGACGCACGUGUCCAAUGCGGGACCAGCGUCGAGUCUGCUGCUCCUCCGUGAUUCGGCUCUACGGUUUCCUCCGCCACAGCGUCAGCCUCCUCCCUCGCCUCCUCCUGUGGUUCGCCGGUGUUGUUCCACGUUGCGUCAGAGCGACAGCGGAGCGUUUCUGCGUGUGCGCGUCAUAUUUUAUUCAUGGCGGGAGAGGCGGCGGGAGGCACGGCUCCUUCCUGCGAGCCCGGAGCAGGCGGCUGCUAGAAAGCCCCGGUCCCCCGACGGUGAGUCACGGCCGCUCGCUACCGCGUGGUCCCGCUGAAUAGACGGUCGCACGAGGGCGGGAGCGUCUCCAGCUCGGCCUGUAAAUAAAACCCUCUCCUUUCUCCUCGGCGUGGGAGCGAUCGGCCGCUGCGGCGUCUCCGCGGCCGAUAACGCGGGCGAUCAUCUUUCACAGCGAGCCGCUCGCCUUUCAUGGUGCCUCCGGGGCCCCGCUCUCAGGGCCGGACUGUCGGCGUCGACGGAGCUGCAGGCGAAACGCGCCGUCCCCGUGAGACUGAAGAUGCAUCCACGCUGUCAUUUAGAUGAUUUAUCCAGGAUUAAACCACGCUGACUGACUUCCUCCUAUUUGUUGGGAGCAGGGGCUGUUUGUGUUGGCCCUCCUGCUUUAUGACUCUUUCUACCUGGGUGAGGGCGCCUGCGUGGCAGGGCGAGCCAGCAUGCUCAAGCCUCUGCUGAGGGUACAGCGCUAUUUUUGCAGGAAACCUGUCCGAUUCUUUUCCCUCAUCCUGCUCUACCUGACCGCCGGGAGCCUUGUCCUCCUGCACUCCGGCUUCGUCGGGGACGGCGGCCCCGGGGGCCGAGGGCGCCGGGACUCUGUGGUGGCGGCGGAGACGGGGCCGCGGGCGUCCUCCUCCGAUACCCGAGGGCUCAGCGGCACGGGCAGGGUGUCCAAGGAGUCACGCAGACCGGGCCGGAGGUACGGCCCGCCGUGGAUGAAGAGGUUCCGAAAGGAGGGCCAGGAGACGAUGAGCCGGGGCGAAGACUACACCAGCAACUGGAACCGGGCGCUGAAAGGUCGCAGCGCCAAAGACGUGGACGAUGGAAGAGCGAAAUACAUCGGUUGCUACGUCGACAACACCCAGAAAAGAGCGCUAAGAGGAGUUUCCUUUUUUGACUACAAGAAAAUGACAGUAUUCCGUUGCCAGGACAACUGUGCAGAAAGAGGUUACAUGUACGCCGGCCUGGAGUUCGGAGCCGAGUGCUACUGCGGCCACAAGGUUCAAGCGCCCAACGCCUCGGAGAGCGAGUGCAACAUGGAGUGUAAAGGGGAGAGGAGCAACCUGUGCGGAGGAGCCAACAGGCUGUCCAUCUACAGGCUGGAGCUGAGCCAGGAGUCGGCGCGCCGCUACGGCAGUGCCAUCUUCAAAGGGUGCUUCCGCCGGCCAGACAACGUCACCGUGGCCCUUCCCUUCAGCGCCGUGGUCCAGAACAUGUCGGUGGACAAGUGCGUGGACAUGUGCACGGAGAGGGACAAGUCGCUGGCGGUCCUGGCCGGGGACCGGUGCCACUGCGGCUUCCCGACGCCGCGCUUCUCGCUCCACGAGCCGGAGGACGAGGACCUGUGUCUCCACCGCUGCCACGGGGAGGAGUUCGAGAGCUGCGGCAACGACGAGUACUUCGUGGUGUAUCAGACGCAGGUUCAAGAUAAUCGCUGCAUGGACCGCCACUUCCUGUCCACCCGCGCCAAGCAGCUGGUGGCGCUGGCCAGCUUCCCCGGGGCCGGCAACACCUGGGCCCGGCACCUCAUCGAGCUGGCCACCGGCUUCUACACCGGCAGCUAUUACUUCGACGGCUCCCUCUACAACAAAGGGUUCAAGGGCGAGCGCGACCACUGGCGGAGCGGCAGGACCGUCUGCAUCAAGACGCACGAGAGCGGCAGGAAGGAGAUCGAGGCCUUCGACUCCAGCAUCCUCAUGAUCCGCAACCCCUACAAAGCCCUCAUGGCCGAGUUCAACAGGAAAUACGGCGGCCAUAUUGGAUUCGCCUCGCAAGCCCACUGGGGGGGGAAAGAGUGGCCAGAGUUCGUGAAGAACUACGCGCCGUGGUGGGCGUCGCACACGCUGGACUGGCUGACCUACGGCAAGAACGUCCACGUGGUGCACUUCGAGAACCUGAAGAGAGACCUGUUCUCGCAGCUCAAGGGGAUGGUGCAGUUCCUGAAGCUGAGGGUGUCCGAGGACCGGCUGCUCUGCGUCGAGGGACAGAAGGACGGCAACUUCAAGCGAUCGGGCCUGAGGAAACUUGAAUACGACCCUUAUACUCCUGACAUGAGAGCGAGCAUCAGUGAGCUGAUCAGAACAGUGGACUCUGCCUUGAAGAAAAGGAACAUGUCUGGCGUUCCAGAGGACUACAUGCCAAGAUGAUAAACAUGAUCCCUGUGUUUCCCUGUGCGCGCCACGUUUUUUAGGAUGACACCACUUAUUAUUCUUCAUUCACACUGAGGCGCUAAAGUCUUUAUCCUCCUUUUUGCAUCUUUUAUUAAUCACCUUUCAGUCCCCGCAGCUUCGCACGGUUUGAGCAGCGGAGGUGUGUGUUUCUGCUUUGGCUGAACAAGAAAAGCAGCACCUCUCAUCACGCACGGGCCUUUAACACGAAGGCGUCCGUGGCCGCUCGAAGCCGAGCAAACGAACCACCCGGAGGAAGCAACAGGGCUGAAACAACAGAGAACGGUGGACUUUACUGCUGCUAUAACAGUUACAGGACGAGAGGUUUAUAAGCUUCAAGUGCUUCAGGCUUUGUUAGAGGGAAAAUGCAAUAUGCAGGCUUUAAUUACCGACUGAGGUAAAUGACUGAAACCUCAGCUCCUCCUUGACUCAAGGUGAGGAGAGGAUUCGUCUCCACAGCGUUUAUCCGCCUCCAAGGCGAUAGCUGUGGUUGGGAAUACGGUUUCUCAACACUGGUUGGUGCAAAUAUCCAAAAAGCACUUCUCUGUGCGACACCUCCCCAGAGGUCACAGGGGAAUUAGGCUCUAUACUCAUCUGACCUGAGGUUGCAUUUAGAAGAAGUGAUCAUUGUGGACUUUCUUUCUAGCAUUUAAUCAGACCUAAUGUGAUUUUGCUUUCGUUUUUGCUUUGUUGUGAAAAGAGAGAUCGGGUAGCGAACAGUCGUGAUGAUUUUGUUCUUCAAAAAAAUCCAGCCCAAAAACUUUAAUUCAUCUUCUCAAAUCAGCAGCGUCCCUCAUCACUUCCAAUAUAUAUAAAAUGUAUAAACAAUGCUGGUGACUAAGAGCCUGAAACCAUUCACUGACUUCCAUUUUCAGUACAAUAUAAAUAUAUUUUUAUAGCGUGUUUGCUGACGUGUUGAUAUUUGUACUGCAACGGGCAAACUGGAGAAGAUGCUUCUAUUUUUAACACAUGCUUUAAACUAUUUGGCUCUUGUUCAGUGGACGAGCAGGCACUUUGUGAACACAGGCGUCACAUUUGAAUGUAUUUUCUAUGGAAUGAAUGUAAUGUGAACAGACCCAAUAAAUGAGGACAUGGACUAUU